CGCAGGAGAUAUCGCGAUUGCUCGCCCAUAUAUUUGUAGUCUCAUAUCUACUCCUCUCACUAUAAACAUGCGCUGGCUUGCAACCGUCUUCACAAUCCAGGUUCUUGCUUCGCUGGUCGAAGCAGCCAUCAUGAAUAUUACAGGCACGCGGGGCGUACAAGACAACCGAUACGCUAAAGCACACUCUCUACCCGAAUCACGCUCCUUCGACCCAAGGGACGGAUGGGAAGCGGUCAAUAUCUCUAAUCUGAACUACAAGUAUCCCGCGUCAAGUCACAAAGAUCACUCCUUCCAUAGAGCACUGCGCAGGUCAUCUCAGAGCAACACAUCCGCCAGCACCGGAACAUCAAAAUACAGAGAAAAGAGCGCAAAAACCUCAAACACAACCACAACUACUGGGUUUUUAGGAACCGUGGUCCAAAGCCUUGCUUCUAUCUUCGCAGGAUGUAUAGGCAAGGGAGUCCCGCAGGGCGUCACCAUAACUUGGUAUACUGGCCAUGACCUAGAAAAUCCCAGUUGUUGGAGUAACGGAGGAUGGGCACCGACAGACAAGUCUUUCGUGGGUGCCGUCACCUUGGAAGGUUGGGCGACGAGGCCCCAAUGCUUCAAGUUCAUUGAACUCUGCAACGGCAAGUCGAAGUGUAUAUUUGCUCGUAUUGUGGACACUUGUGCGGGGUGCGCCAAAGGAUCUCGUCAUGUCGACCUCACCAGGGCGGCAUUCACCGAACUGGCGAACCUGGAUGAAGGCGUACUGACUGUGCAGAUGCGACAAGCAACAGAUCCUGAUAACUGGGACAAUGAUUUGUGGGGGCCACAGACCACCAAAUCCUGA